AUGGAGGUCGGGAACAAGAACAACGACGCGUCAUUCGACCUGAAAGAUGAUGAUUGCCUUGCCGAGUUUGUGAAAAUCGUCAAUGGCUGCCCGUACAAGUCUAAUGGGGCUGAUGGGAGUGACAAGCCCGACCACUCGAGAGGCGCCCGAACUGACGUUGCAGGGUGGCAUUUUCGAAUCGAUCCUAACAAUGGCCUCGGUUGCUAA